AUGGUGGCGAUCUCACUGUAUAGAGGAAACCUGCACAGGGUGCCCGACGUCCCUCGGCGAUGGCUCAUGCCAAUCCCUUGCAUUUCCCUCAAAGAUUUCAGGAUUCUCCUCCACAAACGGGAGAAAGCUCUGUUUCGCAUCUCCAGCACCACCACCCCCACUAGCUCAAAUCCUAACCCUAACCCUGAUUUCAAACAAGAGGAAGGCAUUGGAGACAAUGGUUGUUCCAAACAAAACGGGAGAAAGCUCUAUCUCGCUUCUAAGCCCCAAUCCCAGCCAACCAUCGCCAGGAAUUCUGAAGAUGCGCCAUCCCAGCAUGGAACAGUUGAACAUGCCAAAGAUCAUAAUGAAGCAGACUGUGAUCCUUGUGCUGAGCAAUCCAGAGAACUCGGUGGCUCUAUUGGCGUUGAAAAACCAUUUCGGGGGAUACCCGACGCCGACGCCGACAAUGAAUCCGACGAUCUCUACCUCACGACGGUUAAUUUCAUGUCUCAAUGGUAUUUUCCUCAAGGCAUUGACAUAUACUUUGAGAACAUAGGAGGUAACAUGCUUGAUGCAGUUCUUCUCAACAUGAGACUCCAUGGCCGCAUUGCUGCAUGUGGGAUGAUCUCCCAAUAUAACCUAGAAAAGCCUGAGGGAGUUCACAAAUUGUCUUGUCUUAUCACCAAACGAAUCCGCCUAGAAGGAUUCAUUGUCUUUGACUAUUAUCACCUCUACCCCAAGUUUUUAGAGUUUAUUCUCCCAUACACCAGAGAAGGGAAAAUUGUCUAUGUAGAAAACACAGUUGAAGGUCUUGAGAGCGGGCCCGCAGCUCUGAUAGGACUCAUCACCGGGCGCAAUGUUGGAAAACAAGUUGUAGUUGCUCGUGAAUAA